AUAUUUAACACACCCACAGGAGGCUGGAGUUGCUGCUGUUGCGAGUACAGGAGGCGACUGCUGCUUUUUAAGCAGAACAGGGGAUUUCACUCUGCACCUGCCAAAGACCCUUCCCUUCUCCUGUCUCUGUUCUCUCUCCUACUGUAAAGUAUCCAGGCUCCAGGAGACGCCAGAAGCCCGAUCUCCUUUAAUCGGCAGCUUGUUUUGCAGCCAUGCUGAGUGCCAAGCCAUGGGCAGCAUCAGACACAUCUCCCUGAAUGAGGAUUUCUGGAUCCAGUACAGGAGAAGCGUCCCAAGCCAAUGGUUCCUAGCGCUGUGCAGAAGAGAAGAGCAGCCCUGCAGCUGAAGCCUGGGGUCGGACAUGUGAGGAUGCCAACUAGCAGCUCCUUGCCCAGCUCAGCCCAACAUUCCGGAGUCUUCUCUCUCUCCUUUCCAAAGCUUUCCUUCUGCUAAGACUAUUAUUUAUUCCAUUUUUAACUUGUAACAUUCCCUUUGAGGGUGAGACCCCUCUUUAGAAUAAAGGAGAACCAAUGGUGACUAGUAUUUAUAAACACAGCAAUCUCCUUUAGAUCUUUUUGUUUGGGGGGGUUUGCGUCAUUGCCAAAGCUCUUGCCUUGUUUUUGGUAUUGGACCUGGGUUGUGUGUGAUAAAGGAAGGGGAAAAUGAAGAUGAUUCUAGUUCGGAAGUUCAGGGUGCUGAUCCUGAUGGUGUUCCUGGUGGCCUGCACCCUACACAUCAUGAUAGAUCUGUUGCCCAAGCUGGAGAAGAGAUCAGCCAGGAGUGAUGGGGAGAUGGGUUGCGCCUGCUCUCAGAAUCACAAUGAGGAGACCCACCAGCAAGGAUGGGGUAAGGUGAGAGGCAAGAACGCAGGAGAACCUGGCUGGCCCAACAAGCACACCCUGAGGAUCUUACAGGACUUCAGUAGCGACCCCAGCUCCAACCUGACCUCUCAUUCAUUAGAGAAGCUGAGCAUGGACAAAAACGAAUCGUUCAGAAAGCUGGAGGGCCCCAGGGUCGCCGCUAAUAAGCAGCUGAUUCAGGAAAGGAGUAUAAACAAAGCCCAUGUUGGCACCGGGCACUCCAAGCUGGCAGCCCUCUUCCAGCACCCCUUGUACCAAAGCUUGGUCCCUCCAUUGACAGAGGACGAUGUCUUAUUUAAUGUCAACAGCGAUAUUAGAUUUAACCCCAAAGCUGCUGAGUCCCAGGACUGGCAAAACGUAGAAAGUGAAGGCAAUGGAGAGGUUGCAUAUUUGCCGACAGGAGAAGCACAUAUAGAUUCCUAUCCCAACUGGCUAAAGUUUCAUAUUGGCAUCAAUCGUUAUGAGUUGUACUCGACACAGGAUCCGGCACUAGAGGCUUUGCUUCAAGAUCUCGGCAGUCAGAAAAUCACCACUGUGGCAAUGAAGGCUGGAGGCACGCAGCUGAAACUCAUCUUGACAUUCCAGAAUUAUGGACAAGCUUUGUUUAAACCAAUGAAGCAAACAAGAGAACAAGAGACACCGCCUGACUUUUUCUACUUUUCGGACUAUGAGAGGCACAAUUCUGAGAUUGCUGCUUUUCACCUCGACAGGAUUCUCGGUUUCCGUCGUGUGCCACCAGUUGCCGGCAGAUUGGUGAACAUGACUAAAGAAAUACGGGAUAUUACAAGGGACAAAACAUUAUGGAGAACGUUCUUCGUUUCACCAGCAAACAACAUCUGCUUCUAUGGAGAAUGCUCCUACUACUGUUCAACGGAACAUGCACUUUGUGGAAAGCCGGAUCAGAUAGAAGGCUCCUUGGCAGCAUUUCUUCCAGAUUUGUCUCUGGCCAAGAGGAAAAAUUGGAGAAAUCCGUGGAGGAGGUCGUACCAUAAGCGCAAGAAAGCAGAGUGGGAAGUUGAUUCUAACUACUGUGAAGGAGUAAAGCAGACCCCGCCCUAUGACAGUGGCACUCGGCUCCUUGACCUCAUUGACACGACUGUGUUUGACUUUCUGAUUGGGAAUAUGGAUCGUCACCAUUAUGAGACCUUUGAAAAGUUUGGCAAUGAAACAUUUAUCAUUCACUUGGACAAUGGAAGAGGAUUUGGUAAAUAUACACAUGAUGAACUCUCCAUCUUGGUACCUUUGAACCAGUGUUGCAGAAUAAAAAAAUCUACUUACCUACGAUUACAAUUACUGGCAAAGGAAGAGUACUUGCUAAGUAGCGUGAUGGAGGAAUCCUUACUACAGGACAAAUUAGCACCUAUCCUUUAUCAGCCACAUCUAGAAGCAUUGGACAGAAGAUUACGGAUUGUUCUAAGAGCAGUCAGUGACUGCAUUGAAAAAUAUAGCUAUACUGAAGUCGUUGAAGAUGAUUGGGACUUAUAUGAAGUGAAAGACAAAACAACCAAGAGGUAGUGACACAAACAAAAAAACGCUACUAACUUCAAAUGAGAUGAAGGCAACAGUCUCUAAAAAGGACUGUAUAUGCUCCAGAGUGAAUUCAGUGAAUUCAGAUUAAAGAUGUAAUUGUUCCCACUGUAGUCAACCUAUAGACAGACACAAAAGAUUAGGUAACUAAGACAUUUGUAUGAUAAGUAGAUUUUUUUUGGAUGUGCAUAAAAACGAUGCGGUCAAAGACCCUCGGAGUUGGGAUUUAAAGGGUGAUAUGUUUUCUUUGUACAGAUAGAAGGUCUUUAUUUAAAGAAAACAUAUUUAUAUAUGGUAAAUCUAUUAAAGGAAAAUAUGAUGAUCUACCUACCACUUUUUCUAACAAAAAAAAAAAAUUAUCUGUGAUGGUGAUUUAAGAUAAAGACACCAAAUGAUUAUGUCGGGAGAAUUUCAACAGCUUUGCUUUAUUUUGGAAGGAUAUGUUUGCAACUACUAGUACUUUUUUUUAUUUAAAAAAUGGUUUACUAAUCCAGGUCCUGAAAGGAGCAUGGAUUUAACAGGAUAAAAUCCACGACAACUGUGCAAUGGAAGCUUUACUGGAAUGCUGGAAUGAAGAACAAAGAAAAACCAAGAGUUUAUGAAAAGAAGGGAUAUUUAUCAUAUCUUUAACGGGCCUUUAUUUUUGGACCUUCACUUCAGGGCCUCUGUCUUCUUAAGUUUGUUUUCCAUAUGUUGGUGUAAAUACUGUACAUAACAUACCUGGAUACCAGUUGCCAUGGGCAGCUGUAUGCUUCAUUUUGUAGCAUUUUUGUGUUUGCAGCGUGGUAAAAGUGCAAUAAAAAGGCAAAUCUGCACCUAAAA